AAAUUUUGUUUCCCUUCCGCCGUAAAUAAUACACUGAAAACAAGCCUUUUCCACGGUCGAAAGCCAACGCGUACCCUCAAAAGGUCCGCCCCAAAGACAUGCUGGAAUUUUAAAUGGUAGGGAGCCAAAAAUCCAGCCUUCUAACUGCGGAUUAGUGCUGAAGAGGAAGUAGGGAAAGGAGAAAGGGCAAUUUGUGAUGGUGGAUGUGUGGUGGUCCCUUCUCGGGGCUGCCAUCCCAGCAGUUAUCGCAGGGCAAGCUUUUAGAAUGAAGAAAAAGCAUGCUGAAGAACAGAGAAUUAAGAGUGCCAGGGGAAGGGAGAAGAGCUCGGAUGAUAUUUUUGUUUGUGAGAGAGUCUGCACAUCAAAGAGAAUGUUGAAAAAAGUUGGGGCAUUUUCAAAGGAUCCAAUUCCUGACACUUGUGUAACUGUCUGUGGUGUGUCUGAGCUCGAUGCUUGCUCUGAUGCUUGUGCACGUACUGUUUGCGUCAACCAACAUCAGGUACCCAACUGGAAUGACAUUUGCCUUCGAAGGUGUCAGAGUGAAUGUCUUAGACUAUCUGCAUCUCAUUCUUCAUAGUUAUGGUGACUGCUAUCUCAGUUUCACUACUUGGUCUCUCAAUGGUGAUCCUUCUUGCAGUCAAUUUUAAGUUGAAUAUUUUGCAUGAUUUUCAUAACGGAGUUUUUGUUUAACAAUGGUGGUUAAAGGCUAUGGGCUUUUAAAUUCAUCAUUUUAAAACAUAGAACACGUGCGGUUUCCUUGAGCUGUAAACUUUGAAUUAUGAAGUCUCUUACGUGUUCUUCUGUUAAAUAAAUUCAGAUCAAACAACUUUGUUUCGCCAUUGAUGGUACGUCAUUGUAGUCUAAUUGCUGUAACAUAUGCAAACAUAAAAGAUCAUGUAACAAAAAUCGGACUUACAGAAAACACACCUAAAUUACUCUACUGAUACG